UCUCUCCCUCCCUUCCUCAGACAGAAGUGGACCAGAAACUGCAGGACCAGGAACAGCACCAGGACUCACAUCCGGAUCCAAACCAGCAUGCAGGCCGUCGAGAAGCUGCACUGCCAGAGCCCGGGCUGCUCCAUCCAAGUCAGCAGGAUCAUGCGUCCCGAUGAUGCCAACAUUGCAGGCAAUGUUCAUGGAGGUACAAUAUUGAAAAUGAUCGAAGAGGCUGGCAUCAUUAUCAGUACCAGGCACUGCAACAGGCAGAAUAAGGAACGCUGUGUUGCUGUAUUGGCUCGUGUGGAGCGCACAGACUUUCUCUCACCAAUGUCCAUUGGGGAUGUAGCUCAUGUCAGUGCGGAGAUAACCUAUACGUCAAAGCACUCUGUUGAAGUCCAAGUUAAUGUCAUGGCUGAAAAUAUACUCACAGGUGCUAAGCGAUUGACCAACAGGGCAACACUGUGGUAUGUGGCACUAUCUCUGGAGAAUGUAGAUAAGGUGGUGGAGAUUCCUUCUGUGCAGUAUGCAAAUCCAGAACAGCAAGAAGAAGGUAGAAAGAGGUAUGAAGCUCAGAAACUGGACCGGAUAGAGACAAAGCAAAGGAGUGAAGAUAUCAUCUUUCCUGCCAUCAAUGUGGAACCAUAUACUGUAGGAUACAGCCAAUCUAGUCUGAUUCACCUUGUGGGACCAUCUGACUGUGCCCUCCAUAAAUUUGUUCAAGGAGGUGUCACUAUGAAAUUAAUGGAUGAAGUAGCCGGUAUCGUGGCAGCUCGUCAUUGCAAGACCAACAUCGUGACUGCAUCGGUCGACGCAAUAAACUUUCACCAGAAAAUUCAGAAAGGAUCUGUAAUGACUGUUUCUGGUCGAAUGACGUUUACAAGUAACAAAUCUAUGGAGAUUGAAGUUUUUGUGGAUGUUGACCAUGUCAUGGAAAGUCCAAAAGGAAAGGCUCCUGCUGUUACUGCAUUCUUUACUUAUGUUUCCUUGGACAAAGAAGGAAAAGCACUUCCUAUUCCUAUGUUGAAGAUUGAAACAGAAGAUGAAAAGAGACGGUUCGAAGAAGGAAGAAACAGAUACUUACUCACCAAAGCCAAAAGGAUGGCUCAAAUGCAGAAGAGUCAAUGAUGCACAAACCAUCUAUAGCCCAAGGCAGCUAAUGAGAAGUAUUUGACAGUCAGCACUGUAUUACUUGAAAAUUAUUUGAGUCUUAAAUGUUAACCAAAGCACUAUUGUGUACUAUUUAAAACCUAGAUUGUAUUCUAUUUGACAAAUCUAUGCAUU